UUUGCAUUUUGCUAGGUUGCUGUGGUGGAAGUAAGCAGUUAUCAGCUAGAAAUUCCGAGCAAAAACUUCAUCCCUUCUGUUGCUGUAAUAUUGAAUCUCACCCCCGAUCACCUUGAAAGACACAAGUCUAUGACAGAUUAUGCCACGAUCAAGUCCCGUAUUUUUUCCCACAUGACCGACGGAAAAAUCGCCAUUCUUCCCACAGGAAAUUCAUUUCUAAACGAGGCAAUUGCAUGCCAUGCAAACCAAUGUAAUUAUGCUUGGAUAGGUACUUAUCCCGGGCUUCAAGUUGAUUUGGAGGAGAAGAUUGCCUACUUUAGAAUUCCUACAAUUGGGCUUGUCUCGGAAUUAUCGUUGGGUGCAUUGACUGCCAUUGGAACACAUAAUUACUAUAAUUCCGCAAUUGCAGCGUUAUCCGUUAUCGGACUGGAUAUUGGAAUCGAUAGUGAAGCUAUCGGUUCAACUAUUGAUAAAUUGAAAGCUCCACCUCACAGAAUGCAAAUCGUUCACAAAGAUGCUCGUGGAGUAACAUGGGUGGAUGACAGCAAGGCAACUAAUGUCGAAGCAACAUAUGCUGGACUUAUGGGCAUCAAAGAACAGAAAUCGAUAGUUUUACUCGGUGGCCUCGCUAAGGUUUCGGAAAAACAAGGUUGUAAUGGUUUCGGGCAGCUGAUAGAACCCUUGAAGUACCAUAGAGGUGUUGUCACUUUUGGUUCUUCAGGUACGAUGAUUCAAGAUACGCUAUCGUCACAUGGUCUGAGUAUACCUUGUUUAAGGGCAAACAAUCUGAAAGAUGCUGUGCGAUUAGCCACAAAUAUGGCGAAAACCGGUGAUGCCAUUGUAUUGAGUCCGGGGUGCGCUAGUUUCGACGAGUUCAAAAACUUCGAGCACAGAGGAAAGUUCUUCCAGGAGCUUGCUCUACAGAAACUUGGCUGAAUUCCACUGGAUUUUCUUUUAUUUAAUUAUAAAAUGAUUU